GGGCGCUUAAUCUACUCCCUCGGCUGCGUUCCAUUCGCUGCUUUGAAUGGAAGCAGCGGCAAGACGAUUCUUUCAAAUAGAGCCGGGGUUUUCUUACGGCUUGCGAGUAAUACAUUUGGGAUCGGCAGGAGAAGAGUUACUUCAGACUCUUUCUCCCCCACUCCCCACCCCCGCUCCUUUUGCAUUGGAGGAAGUUCUGUUUGAAAGGGAGGAAAGCAGAAGCGAGCCGAGCCGGGGUUCCACUCACUUCGGGUGUUGCUGGCAGUCAAAAGGCGCUGUUAAAGAGGUGGACAUGUUUAGCCACUCCUUGCAGCAGAGCCUUUCUUACGCUGAGUCUGCACCGUAACUAACAUUUGGGGAGGAAAAUUGGAGAAAUACCACUUAAUCCUUGGGAAAGAACUUUCUUGUAGAGGAAAGAAAAACUGUGUGAUCUUUCUUUUUGGAAAACAAAGAAACUUAACUGCUUCGCAGCAAUUUUUCUCACUGAUUCCAUCUAAACAACUAGAGCUUCCUUAGGUUACUUCUCUCACCUGGCUUUUAUCACAGCCAUAGAGUUUGCUUUGCUCACUGUACACCUUGCCCAGCAAUCAAGAUGAUGCAGAUCUGUGAUUCUUAUAGCCAAAAACACUCCCUCUUCAAUGCAAUGAACCGUUUUAUUGGAGCUGUUAACAACAUGGACCAAACAGUGAUGGUGCCCAGCCUUCUUCGGGAUGUGCCUCUCAUGCUGGAUGAACUGGAUUCAGGGGGUGGUUGUGGAGAAAGGGAGGCCCAGCUGACCCCCAAUGGUAGUACCUAUUGUUCCUGCAGAGAUAUGUAUAGCCAUUAUAUGCUGCUCAAGUCCAUUCGCAAUGACAUUGAAUGGGGUGUGCUGCAACAGGCAAAUGAAGAAACUGCCGCUGGGAGGAAGAAAGAUAAGCUGAACGGGAGCCCUGGUGCCAUGGACAUUAGCCGAGGGAUCCCUGAAGAUGAGGAGGCGGAGGAGGAUUUAGAGAAGCAAUUUCAUUAUCACCUGAGUGGGCUGCACACGGUGCUCUCCAAACUUACCCGCAAGGCCAAUGUACUUACCAACCGCUACAAGCAGGAGAUUGGAGUCAACAACUGGGGGCACUGAAUCAGGGAGGGGGAAAGCAUUGCCUGCCUGCCUGCCUGCCUGCCUGCCUGCCUGCCUGUUGGGGUGAGAAGUAAAAAAAUCAGAAAAAAGGGGAAAUAGGCAUUUGGAAAGGGCUAAGGAAGAAUGCAAGCAAGAAUGAACGUGUGUGUGUGCGCAUAUAUGUGAGAGAGAUGCAACUCUUAAGUGUGAGAAAAUUGUACAAGACUAUAUCAAGGUCAGUAGUAAGCAUAGGAUGCAGUAUAAAAAUUCAUGUCUUGAGAAGAAUACAAAGAUAAGAAAGUGAAAGGGACUUUUCAUUCUAGAAUUCUAUUGUUGACUACUAUAAACUUUUAGGGAGGCAGGGUGAUAAAUUUCUGCCUGGACUAGCAGGCAUAACUAGGCAGCCAAGUAUAAAGUUUCCAGAUUCUAAGGACUCAGAAUGAUGUAUAAUGGCCCAGGCCAGUUACUGAAAGAGUGUGUUUGUAAUUUCUGGGAAACUGCACAAGUGCGUGUGGUGGUGGCGGCAAUUGUAGAGAUGAUUGUAUCACUUCUUUCCUGAUUUUGCACUAAUUUUGUAACAUAAAUAUAUAUGUGUGUGGGUGUAUGUAUAUAAAGUCUAAGAAUUCUCUUUGCAUGCUGUCAGAACUGUAGACGUCUUAUUUUUUACCAACGCACAAAGAUGUACAUUAACACUAGUUAAAUAUGUUUUUUAAUAUACAGGAUGAACAGUUAUUCUUCUUUAGAUACAACACUUAUCUUUCCUUAUUGCAUAGAACUGGUUGAUGUGAAACUGCAAAUAUGCCACUUAAAAUAUUUUUUUUGCAGUGGAUAGAACCAGUUCACUAAUGUGCACUCAUAUUUCAGUGGAGGGUAGAACCAAUUACCUAAUGUGCACUCACAUUUUCAGUGGAAAGAUAAAGGGUCCCAUUGUUGUACAUAUAUUGAAGAUUAUUUAAACUUUUUUAUUCAGAUGUGGAAUAUAUUCUAAAAUAAGAAAAUAUAUUGACUAAAAUUGAUGUAUGUUUGUAUACUAUGGCUCCACUUGAAUUAAAUGCUAAUGUUUACAAUACA